UGAAGCGGUUCACUGCUGAUCCGGAGCCCGAAAAAUGGUAUUCGGGACAGCCCUAGUUCAUGUGAGCUCAGGUAAGUCUAAAGCAGGUCCACCCGUCUCUCUCCUCUGCAUCUUAUUAUUAUACUGCAUCAUCCUCUCUGUUUUCUGCUUCACAUCACUGGCUGGCCUGGGCUGCUUCCUGUCCGUCCCUUGUCUAUCAUACUCUCUUUUCUCUUUCCAUUCCUCCCUUUGUCUCUCUGUCUCCUCUCUGCCUGGUCUCACCUCCACAGUCUAUUCAAACUCUUUAGGUUGCUCAGAGCCCAUGGGCAUGAAGUCCCGGCUGUUGACCAACCGCCAGAUCACGUCGUCCAGCACCUUCCGCACCUGGGGCAUGGAGGCGUUCACCUGGUACCCCCACUACGCCCGUCUGGACAAACAGGGCAAGACUAAUGCCUGGACCGCCGCCACCAACAACCAAUCAGAGUGGCUGCAGGUUGAUCUCGGGGCUACCAAGAAGGUCACAGGGGUGAUCACUCAGGGGGCCAAAGACUUCGGCUCCAUCCAGUUUGUCACAGCCUUCAAAGUGGCUUACAGUAAUGACGGGCGGUCCUGGACCAUCGUGAAGGACGAGACUACAAAGACACACAGGAUCUUCCCAGGCAACAGCGACAACAACGUUCACAAAAAGAACAUCUUCGAGCCCUCGUUCUACGCCCGAUACGUCCGCAUCCUGCCGUGGGACUGGCACGAGCGCAUCACCCUGCGGAUGGAGCUCCUGGGCUGUGACGAGUAGCCCCGCACUGACCCCCCCCCCUCUUCCUCUCUCUACCUCCUCC